CGGUAAGCAAUCUCUUAAUAUUUAGCCUAGGCCUGGCCAGGAGGCAUACCAACCAUCGCCGCGUCACGAAGAACUGGCCGCGCGAGGUUUCUCGCUCUCUGGAGGGCGUGAUAGACCAUCCCCAACCCGUCAAUGCCGAGACAUUAGGAAAACGGAUCAAGAGACGAGAAACGAAUGACUAGAGAAGGAAAUUGAGAUGCACUUUCCGGGUAUCGAGGGCGCGAAUUUGACGCCUUGUAGGCCGUGCCAGUGCUGUUCAAACAUUUGCGCGCCCAUUCGCCUGCCGCGCCCAUGACCACGCCUGCGCUAGAGAAGCCGGCCCGCCGGGCGCCAGAUCUCUCCUUGGCCCACGGCGUCCUGGACCUUGGCGCGGUCCGGCAUCUCCCGGGACAUGGCGGGGGUGUCUUCGCCGUCCUGCUCAGCGCCGACAUGGGUGGGUGUGUGCUCGCGUCCCCCGGCUCUGCGUGCGUCCCCGGCGCUGGGAGCUGCGAGCGCUACGUGCUCCUCACCAGCGGCAUGCACGCCCCGACGGGGCGCCAGGCUGCGGCACGUGCUGCGGUCGGGUCCCUGAACGACAGCGGAUCGCCGGUCGAAUUUAGGCAGAUUACUGGGAUGCUAGGAGCGGUGGCGUAAGCAGUAGGCCUGGAGUCAGCACAGGGCAAGCUGGUGCAGUGCGUCGAGUCAAGCUGGACCUGCACGAUCCAGCAAGCCAGGUAGCACUGAAUCGCUGCAGGAGGGCUCGUUUGGUUUGGUGGCGUCGACAGAAAAAAGUACUCACCUUGGCAGAAUUGGCUUUCGUAGAUCAACAUUGAGCUUAAUCCAAC